CAAAAUGGCAACUCUCAUUAAUCUUUGUAAGGCUUUUGCUGGAGAAUCUCAAGCAAGAAAUAGAUAUUUAAUUUAUGCUAAAACUGCUAAAAAAGAAGGUCUUGAUGUAAUUGCACAACUCUUCAAUGAAACAGCUAAUCAAGAAGGAACUCACGCUAGAAUUCUUUUUGAAAUGAUUCAAUCACUUAAAAAGGAAGGACAAGAAACUCCAAAAAUUGAAACUGCUGUUCCAAUUGAUUUUGGUACUACUGCUGAUAACUUAUUAGCUGCUAUUGCUGGUGAAACUUAUGAACAUGAAACUAUGUAUCCAGAAUUUGCUAAAGUAGCUAAAGAAGAAGGACAUGCUCAAAUUGCUGCUAGACUUAACCUUAUUGCUAAAGCUGAACUUAAUCAUCAUAACAAUUAUCAAAAGAUUCUUGAUGAAUUAAAAGCUAAUUCCCUUUACAAGAAAACUGAAAAAGUCUUUUGGGUUUGUAGAGAAUGUGGAUAUAUCUUUGAAAGUACUCAACCACCAAAAGUAUGUCCACUUUGUGGUGAACCAGGUGACUUCUUCAGAGUUCAAGUUUCUAUUUAAAAUGGUUUAAUUGAACUUUUAUCCAAUAAUUUUUCUG